UCCUUUAUAUACUCGCUGAUCUCCUGGCGCAUUGUGAUUCUCUCAAGCAUUGCACACGACCGCUUACUUCUUACCCAACCGCUUCUAAUACUGUCUAAUUCACAAUGUCUACAACAACUACCACAACCAACCAGCCUAUCACGGCCGAAUCUAUGCUUCGUCUCUUCCCGGACAUUGAUACUAGCUCAGCGCCUCUCUCCGGUCACGAUGAGGAGCAGAUUCGUCUUAUGGACGAGGUUUGCAUUGUCCUCGACGAGGACGACAAGCCCAUUGGAACAGCCAGCAAGAAGAUUUGCCAUCUCAUGACCAACAUUGACAAGGGCCUCCUUCACCGUGCCUUCUCCGUCUUCCUCUUUAACGACAAGAACGAGCUCCUCCUCCAACAGCGCGCCACCGAGAAGAUCACCUUCCCCGACAUGUGGACCAACACUUGCUGCUCUCACCCUCUUCACAUCCCUACCGAGACUGGUUCCACUCUCGAGGACUCUAUCGCGGGUGUCAAGCGAGCUGCCCAGCGCAAGCUUGAGCAUGAAUUGGGUAUCAAGAAGGAGCAGGUCCCCUUCGAGGACUUUCACUUCCUGACCCGUAUUCACUACAAGGCUCCCAGUGACGGAAUGUGGGGUGAGCAUGAGAUUGACUACAUUCUUUUUAUCAAGGCCAACGUCGACCUUGACAUCAACAAGAACGAGGUCCGAGAUACCCAAUACGUUACUCCCGAGAGCCUCAAGCAACAAUUCGACGAUCCCAGCCUGGUUUUCACUCCUUGGUUCAAGCUCAUCUGCAACUCUAUGCUCUUUGAGUGGUGGCAGAACCUCGACUCUGGUCUCGACAAGUACUUGAACGAACAGGAGAUCCGACGCAUGUAAUGUUAUGAUUCACGGUAAACGAAAGGAGAAGGACGACAUCGAAAACCGACGGCAAGGACAGCAUUCAACCAGCAACUGAGAAACUUCGGUUUAUGGUGCAUUGAGCAUUCAUAUUCAAACAAAAUAGAUAUCCGCUCUCGAGUCUUGUGAUAAACAUAGAUGAGGUUCAGAGCCGCUUUUAAUUUACGUUAUUGGCUUUCAUUUGCCAGGAGGAGGAAGCCCUUGAACGGCUUCACCAAUCAAAACCCCGAUCUUGUUGACCAAAGAAAAGAGACGUGUUGGGGUUAUUCAUCAUCGCGUAUGGGAAUGUUAGCUGUUCAGUCGAAAAGCCUAUCGUUUGUCAUUUCCUGGAUCUGCACAACUUCAAUGUCAACUCGCCCAACCUGCCAGCCUAAUGAAGUCUCAGCCUAAACAAACUUAUUUUAUGUUUCUUUUAUUAAUCGACUGAGCAGUUUCACGAUGAUUCUUCCUUUGGAAUUCAUGAUGUCUUGAUCUCCCGUUAGAUCCGGAUUAAUAACAAAGUUACACUUUGUCAAGUGACACAGUAUUGCC